AUGCGUUACGCUGCUGUCGCCCUCGCCGUCGCUGGUGCCGUCAUGGCCACCGCUGACGAGCCCGCUUCCACCGUCUUCUCCACCAAGUACUUCACCAUCACCUCCUGCGCUCCCGAGGUCACCAACUGCCCUGCCCGCAGCACCGUCGUCUCCUCCAGCGUCGUGGCCGUCCCCACCACCGCCGUCCCCGUCACCGAGUCCGGCGUCAAGCCCACCGCUACCGCUCCCGUCGUCGUCGUUCCUCCCCCCUCCGGCGGCAACAGCACCGCUCCCCCCUCCGUCCCCGCGGUCCCCAAGCCCACCACCGAGAGCGGUGCUAAGCCCGUCCCCGUCACCACCGGCGGCGUUGCUCCCUCCGUCUCUGCUCCCGCCACUCUGGCCACCAGCGCCGCUGCCUCCGUCUGCGGUGGAAGCUCCGUCAAGACCAUCUCUACCAGCAUCACCACCGUCAUCCCCACCGUCAUCUACGAGACCGUUCAGAUCCCUUGCCCUACCCCCAGCAAGCCCUCUGCGACUAUCCCUGGUGUCCCUACCGGUGGCAACGGAACUGCUGUUCCUCCCACCAAGACCCCCGUCACUGCCGGUGCCGCUGGCCUGACCGGCUCCGCCAUCCUGGCCGCCGUCGCCGGUGUUGCCGCCUUUGCCUUCGCAUAA